AUGGGAAUUAGCCGCUUUGUGCCGACUAAUAGUAGAGAUGGAUGUCAUAAACGGGAUGCGAGAUGUGAUCCAGGUAACCAAACUGAUGACUCCGCUGAAUUUGAUGUAAUGAAUGAGGAUUCAGAUGAGGAAGCAUCUGGUUACGGAGAUUUAUUGGGGCUGACGGCAGAGGAUAUUAACCGGAUGGUGUUUCGGACUGAGCAACGAGCCUAUGAAUUUUACCUGCGAUUAGGAAAAUGCAAUGGGUUUGGCGUCCGGAAAGGGGAUUACGGCAAGGAUGAAAAUGGAAAUUUGAUCCGUAGACGAUUCUUCUGCAAUCGGGCCGGGUUGAGAGAUGAGAAGCACUAUGCAAGAUUAGAUAGGAAGAGAAUGCAUAAACCGGAAACCCGCACAAAUUGCGAGGCAAAGUUAUCAAUAUAUUUGGAUCGAGGUACUAGUAAUUGGAAGGUUAGGAAGGUGAUCCUUGACCACAACCAUGACUUGACCCCGAUAGGUAUGGUUCACUUGAUGCCUCAGUUUCGUGGAUUGUCAGAUGCUGCGAAGGCACACAUGGAAAGCAUGCAUAGCUAUGGACUUCCUACCUCGAAGAUAGUCGGAUACAUGUCUGGAAUUGCAGGAGGUUACUCGCUGCUGGGGUUUACAAAGAAGGAUGCGUAUAACUACUUAGAUAAAAAGAAGCGGGGGAACAUCGCCGAUGGUGACACGAACGCCACUGUCGUGUAUCUACAAGGAAAAGCAGCUGCAGAUCCAAUGUCGACGGCGAGGUAUAACGUCACUAACGAAGGUAUGUUGGCUAACUUGUUUUGGGCGGAUGGUGCUAGUAGAGCAGACUUUCAACACUUUGGAGAUGUUGUGGCCUUUGAUUCCACGUAUAGGAAGAACAAGUACAGGAGACCGUUGGUGAUAUUCUCAGGAACUAAUAAUCACAGGCAGACCACAAUUUUUGGAUUUGGGCUCCUAUUGGAUGAAACCACAGCCUCAUACACGUGGAUGCUUGAAAACUUGCUGGAGGUUAUGUGUAACAGGAUGCCGUGGAAUAAAUAA